GUUUUUUUCCUAAAAGCAAGUUUACCUUAGCAAAAACUUAAAAAUAAAGCGCGAAUUAAAUUUAAAUAAAGUGGGAUUCGCAAUUUUUUCGCAGUAGAUAAUCGGUAUUUGGUACAUUUAAUGGCAAUGUCCGCGGGUGAUCUAGUUUCUGAGAUUUUGAUCGAAUCUUGCAUGCAGCGUGCCCUGAAUUGUCGACCACCCUUAUACGUCAUCGCCGUUCUCAUAAUCAGCUGUAGCCUGCAAGGCUGUGAGUUGUGAACCACGAGGGACCGGAAAUGCAUUGAAUUGGAACCCGACUAAACCUUUCAAGGGCAAGGCCGCAAGCAUUCUGCCAAACUCCACACUGCAGUUUAAUUCUUGGCCACUGUGGUUCCAGUAUUCACGGUAUCACCUACUGUGUGGGACAAAAACAUUUGGAUCCAGUUGAGUUGCAUCAGCCGAUUGCCAAAAGCGUGCGUCCAAGUUGACAUUAUGCCGUCUCGACAGCCCAGCUCGGUGGGAGUGGAAACCAUUGCUGUGCCAUCGCCCAACGACAGCUCGACAGUUGUUCCGGUACGUCCCGCUUUCGGUGCAUGGCCAAUGUUCCAGUUAGGCAAAUCGCGCUACAACUUGGACACGUAUACGGGACGAGUGUGCCAUUUCUUUAAUAUCAUUGAUCCCCGCACGUUGCUUACAUCGGAUACCAAGUUGCAACAGUGUCGGCAGCUGCUAGAGAAUUAUAAAAAUGGCACCUUACCGCCCGGAAUCACAGAUCAGGACUUGUGGGAAGCACAGAAAGUGGUGCAGGCCAUUAUUCAUCCGGAUACUGGGGAGAAAAUACCUAUGCCGUUUCGCAUGUCCGGCUAUGUUCCUUUCGGUUCACCGAUCGUGGCAGGCCUGUUACUGCCUAAUCCAUCCCUUGGCUCUAUAAUUUUCUGGCAAUGGCUUAAUCAGAGCCAUAAUGCCUGUGUAAAUUAUUGCAACAGGAACGCUACUCGACCGACCCCUUUCAGCAAAUUUAUUGAAGGAUAUUUGGGCGCAGUAACCACAGCAGUGGGUGUUGCCGUGGGAUUAAACCAGUUAAUCAGCCGCGCGACCAGUAUGCCACCGGCCACACGUGCCCUCAUCCAAAAAUUUGUUCCAUUUCCGGCUGUGGCUUUUGCUAAUGUGUGCAAUGUCUUUUUAAUGCGUCGCCAGGAAUUAAAUACUGGCAUCGAGGUCCACGAUAAAGCCCAUAAUGUUGUUGGUAUCUCCAAAAUCGCGGCAUUUGAUGCCAUUAAGGAUACAGCGCUGACCCGUAUAGUCCUACCCGCUCCCAUCCUGACCAUCCCUCCGGCGAUAAUGGCCGCAUUGGAGAAAACUCCCCUUUUUAAGCGUUAUCCCAGAAGCUAUUUGCCUAUUAAUGCUACGUUAGGGGCCCUGGCGUUUGGCUUAGCACUUCCGCUAGCCAUAGGGCUGUUCCCGCAGGAGUCGACUAUUCACAGAAAUAAACUGGAGAAGGAAUUACAGGAUAAGACAAGCGAUGAAUUUCUGUUCUACAAUAAAGGGCUAUGAGUCCGUAAGUAUUCUUUCCGAUUCUCAAUUCUGGUAGUACCUAAUGUGUGUGGUCUGAAUGACUGGGACCAGGAAGGUUGAGUGGAUGAUAUUGGAGUGAAUUUCUUCCCAGUGGGUGCAGUGCAUUUAUGAAAGACUGCUAAGCGGUUAAAUUUACCUUACUUCAUACUGAUUUAGGUUUUUGGAAAAUGUAGUCACGUUAUUUAUUUUGUUUAUUCCUACUGUAGUUUUAAAUUCCGACUUUGGUUACAUUUUCGUGGCGAUUCAGUGCUGAUAUAAAUAUAAUUACUGCUUAUAUGGUGAGUGUUGACUGUGUUUAUUGUCAACGGUGUACCCUAUGGCUAUUGAAGAUAGCCAGAAACGUGCUGGGAAAUGCUUUUGCAUGUUGUGAUAAUAAAUAAUAAGUUCCUGCUAAGGACAA